UGAAGAUAGUAUAUCUCUUCACUAAGAAGGUAAUAAGCUGAAGAUUAUCCAGACAUCUCCUGGCUGAAGCAUGAAAAAUGGGAUCUAAUUCAUCAAAAGAUGACCAGAUACCUUUGUUACUGGAGGAUGAACUUUCCACCCUUUCAGAUAUCAAGCCAGUUUUUGAGGACUUGAAGCUUGUCCUGAUUGGUUGUCGUGGUGCAGGAAAAAACACAGUGGCCAAUGCAAUCUUUGGGAAAAAGGUCUUUACAUAUUGGACAGUCUUCACACAUAAGCACAUUCCAGUCACUCAAAAAGUAUCAGGAAGAAGGAUUCAGUUAUCUCGCACACCAGGCUGGAAAGGAGACUUGAGCAGAUCAAAGGAAAUCAAACGUGAAAUCGUUCACUGUGUUCAAACAUUAUAUGACAGUGGACCUCACGCAGUGCUCUUGGUGCUUAAUGUGAACUCAGAAUUGUCAAUCUCGACCAUCAUCACACUAGAGAACAUUCUUACCCAUCAGCUGUGGAAGCAUACCAUAGUAAUCUUUACCAAUGCAGAAAAAGAUUACAGCAUUGAGGAUUAUAUCCGAAGUGAGCAACUUCUACCUUUCAUCGAGAAAUGUGGACAAAGAUAUAUCGACAUCCAAAAAGCAGACAACAACCAGAUCAUCGAGAUGAUUGAAGAACUUGUUGCCAGUAAGAAUUCAGCAAGUUGUUUUAACAUUUCAAAAGAGAAAGUGGAUGAUAAAAAGACAUUAUUGUCAGAUUGGAGCCAAAUUGUUAAGAGGCUUACGUUGAAAAUUAACGUCCUUUCAAAUUACAAGGAAAAGUUAAAGGACAAGCUCAAACAAAAUGGGAAGAAUAAAUAUGCAAUGUAUAAGCUACUUGAUGCAAAAGAUGCUGAGAUAAAGAGACUGACAGAAAUUGUUCAAGACAAAGAGAGGGAAAUAGCAAAUUUACAAUCGCGCCCAGAAGUUACACCUGACCAGUCCAUGCAACUGCAAAUAAUCACAGAGCUGAAGGAUCAAUUAAAAGUGAAAGACGAAGAGAUUAAAGAAAAGGAUGAUAAGAUUGAGAAGUUGGAAAAAAGAUUGCAAAUGUGGGAAAAGAAAAAAUGGAGAACACACGAGGAUCAGCGUGAUACUGAACAUGCAUCCUAUCGUAGUGAACUAGGUCAGAAUAUCACAAGUGUGUCCAAAAGAAACCACACCCCAAUACAGCUGCAGGAGCUUGCUUCAAAUGGGCUAGUUCUGCAUGGAUGGGAUGAGGCUCUUUUAGAGAUUUUGCGGGAGUUGAUGGAUGAUCAGCUGAAGAGAUUCAAAGACCUCAUGCACUUCAAUAAGGAAUGGAAGAUGCCCAGGGCCUCAGUGGAUGGCAAAACCAGAGGUGAACUGGUAGACCUUAUUAUACAAAAGUGGGGUAAACAGCAGUCAGUUCUAAAAACACGAGACCUCGUGAAAAAGAUUCCUCGUAAUGAGCUCGAAGAGCGGUUUAGACCUUUCCUGGAGGAACUUGGUGAGAGAUGGUAACCAGUUAAAUCAUGAAGUAAUAUGAACACUGCUUCAUCCUGAACUGAGGCAUUUCUUCUGCACAAAUUGUAAGAUAAAUCACAUCUAUUCAAAGUAGCCGCAUUAUGAACUGCUACACUACAGGACUGUUGAAUGCUUGAUUCUGGUUGGCUGAUGAAAAUUAUGCCUCGGUUCAUGCCAAUCAGUUCUUUGUUCUGAUUUAUUGUCCAACUCAUCUCAAAACUGAAAAAUUGCAAUGCUGACUGUCACAGUGUAAAGGCCUGUGCACACCGGGAUGCUUUUUGCUUGCAUUUUCCAUCGACGUUACAUGCCUCAUGACUAAAUAAAGGGUGCCAAUGUGAUUAUCCACACCAACGCGUAAAACUCCAGGCGUAAAAGCGGCAUAUUUAAAGAAACGCCUCAUGCUCAUUUUUUGUUUUGUUUUGACACCCCAUGUCAAAACCUUCUCCACCAAUCAGAUUGGCACUUUUGUUUACGUGCAUGGAGUUGCUGAAGUUACAGUAAACAGCACUUGCUCAAGCGCAAAACUGUUAAUGUGAGCGCACAUUGAAGAAGAUGCCCUGAGGCGAAAUGAACAUGGAGCUGCUUAUUGCACUAGUGAACAAUAAUCAUUUCUUCAUCGCUACAGCUGGAGCUGCUACUUGAACCACCCAUGCGUGUUCGAAUCGGCAGUAACUUUAACAACAAGAUUGUCAACUUUCUGUCUUCUUUUUCUAUGUUAAAAGCGGGUGUCAGACGCUUAAAGUUGUGUAGCGCAUCUAACGUCAAGGAGUGAUUUUGCAUACUCUUCUGCUCGACGCCAGUGAAAAAUCGCUUGGGUUUGAAUCCGGAAAAACAUCUCGAAUAAACGCUGACGAUAAACCCAAAUGAAAAGCGUCCCGCUGUGUACGAGCCUUAAGACUGUGAAAUACGCUGUGACUGUGACAUACACAUAUAGCACCAAUACACUAACAUGCAUACACCUUCAAACAUGAUCCGAUUGCCGGCAAACAGAUAUGUAUACACGGAUCUCUGUAGUGCUGUCAGUGUGUUGUGCAUGUGUGUUUGUUUAAUGUUUAAUGUAACGUAAUAUUUUUUGUCUACUGUCCAAGUUUAGCACGGUUUAUGUACCAUUUCAAUUCAAAACAAAUGCAAAUAAUUUCCCAUAUCAUAUUUCCAUAUACACUGAAAUAACAACAGACGUAUGUUCCUUUAAACACCAUUUAUUAAAAAGCAAACCAUAGAAAGAUUAGAUACACUCACCGGUGUCCACUACUCAGAACCAAACCUGUUCAGUUUGCAACCUAGGACAUUUAUACAAGGUACGUCUACGCCAUUUUGUAGUAUAAAUAAGUUUAUGUAGUGCGUUUACACUGAAAACUCUAAAAUUAAUAAGUAUUAUAAUAGUAAAAAUAAUAAUACGGAAUAAGUUACCCGGAUGAAGCACUUAUUGAACCAUUAAAAUGAAAUGUGGAUUGCUGGACACUUCAUGCACUCAACAGCUGCUGCUUUGCCCACGUAGCGGAAGGGGCGGAGCUUUCAGUCGCUGAUGUUGGAUUACAUUAACUAUUUUGGAUUUGUGGAAGCAAAAUUCUCCUACGAGAGUGACUAUUCCAUCUCCUGAUGGUGAAUGCGGCUAAACCCAUGGCAGAUAUUAUUUGAUAGUUUGGUCAUUUAUUUCACUAAUUUGGCAACCGUCAAACGUCAUCUGGUAAACGAUUUGAAUUUCCGCUUAGUAAAAAACGUUAGUCUUCCAUUUGGGACGACACUACAUACAUAUGCACUGUGUACUUAUGCACUUGCACACUCAACAGCAUAGUAUAAGUGCAUUGUGUAUAGUGUGGCAUUUGGGAUUCAGCUACGGUAUUUUCCCAACUUCCAUUCAGAGCAGCCAUUUUGGCGUCACAUGGUCACGACCUCAUGGCCGGUGAUAAAACCCAUAGUUCUGUUUUUUUAUAUUCGUUUUGUUGUUUGUUGUGUUUUGUUGCAUACUUAUUUACUUUCAUUCAUUUAUAUCUAAUGACUUUUGUUUGUAUAUUUGCCUACAUGUUAUUACACCACAAACUCUAAAAUGGUAUAAUCCAUGGGCAGGGUCAAUAAUAUAAAAUGGCCCCCCAAACCUUCACUCCGGGUUGGGUAGUUAUAGGAAUAGAGUGCAUUGUGUGAAGAGAUUGCGUUAUUGACAGAUUUCAAAUAUUUUUUGAUUUAGCUGAACAAGUCUGUAAGUAUUGUAUAGUUUAUUUUUCUUUAUUCAGACCCCCUAGUUUUUCACGAUUGUUUUGUGAUCUUAUUUUCUCUCUCAGAUUUCACUCCCUGGAGCAUCUGACAUUAUAUACCUCACUUAUGACUUUGGUUAGGGCUUCCUCGACAGUAAUACACCUAAAACACGGAUUGCUGUAAAACUUGUCAAUGGAAGCGUUUUCUUUCGUCAACGGCAGGAAUAGAGUUAACGAAAUCAUUUAUCGAUUUGAUGCGCAUCAUAAUACCAGUCAUACAUUCAUUCAUUCAUUUUCUUUUCGGCUUAGUCAAUUUAUUAAUCUGAGGUCGCCACAGUGGAAUGAACCGCCAACUUAUCUAGCAUAUGUUUUACACAGCGGAUGCCCUUCCAGCUGCAACCCAUCACUGGGAAUCAUCCAUACACACUCCUUCACACACAUACACCACAGACAAUUUAGCUUACCUAAUUCACCUAUAGCACAUGUCUUUGGACUUGUGGGGGAAAGCGGAGCAUCCUGGAGGAAACCCACAUCAACACAGGGAGAACAUGCAAACUCCACACAGAAAUGCCAGCUGACCCAGCCGAGGCUCAAACCAGUGACUUUCUUGCUGUGAGGCGACAGUGCUACCACUGCGCCACCGUGUCACCCCCCCCCCACUCAUACAUGUGAAGCAAAAAUAAUGUCCCUCAAUUUGGUCACGUCCAGUAGCUGUCAUACUUGAACCAAUCUCCAUCAUUGUAAGCUGCUUCCUUUUCUGUCAGUUCCAUUGCUCCAUUUGUUAGAUGUUUGCUCCCACUUUUUUGGCAGUCUGAAGUGCGUCAAACGCAUAAAACACUCAAUUCGCGCCAUGUUAUUCACUCGAUUUGCACCAAACUUCACAUGUAAAUCUUUCGCACUUUAUCUGGAUCUGCUUACUGCACAGGUUGCAAAACAUUUCAUAUAUUUGCCAAAAAUGCUGUUUGUUGUUUUUUUGUUUUUUUUCAAUUACUGUAUGUAAGUAUUUGUAAUAUCUACAGUAUAUAAUCGAAGACUUUAAAUAUAUAAAGAUGGUGCACUGCUAUACUUGAUUGAAUGAAUGAACGAAUUGGGUUGCUUCAGAAAUAGAAAAUGUAGAAGUUUCAAAGAUGACUGAAAUAACUUGUCUUUAAAAUCCAAUGCUAUUUAAAAAUGCUAUGUCUUGUAUAAGCUUUUAGACAGUGGUGUGAUCCACUUUUUAAGUUUCGUCUUUUGUAACACACUGUUAUUUACUUUUACAACUCCUGUGUUGUCCUAGCUGUUUUCUGGAGAUUUACGUUGAAGUGUUUUUCUGUUGUUCAGUCUAUUUCAGCCCACUUCCUAUGUUUAGUUUCUGUUUGUCUUUUGUUUAUUUGGCUACUUUUUUAGUUGCGCUCAUUUGUUUCCAUUUGCUGUAUUUAUGCAAAUAUUUACUUAAACGUACAUAUUUUGUAAUAAACCCUUUUUUAUUGCUAAUAAAUCCAUAUACAGGGUAUUCGCAUGGUCUUAAAAAGUCUUAAAUUUCAAAAGCUAAAUUUUAGCCCUUAAAAAGUUUUUAAUCUGCUGACAUGUUUUGUUGCAGGUCUUAAAUCUUUUUUAAAAGGUCUCAAUUUUUCUAAAAACUUUCCUUAGAGUAACAUCAUUGUAAGCUGCUUGCUUUUCUGUCAGUUCCAUUGCUCCGUUUGUUAGAUGUUUGCUCCCACUUUCUUUUGCAGUCUGAAGUGCGUCAAACGCACCAAACGCUUAAUUUGCGCAGUGUUAUUCACUCGAUUUGCGCCAAACUUCACAUGUAAAUCUUUCACACUUCAUCUGCAUCUGCUUACUGUAUAGGUUGCAAAACAUUUCAUAUAUUUGCCAAAAAUGCUGUUGUGUUUUUUUUU